AAAAAAAAAAAAAAAAAAAAAAAUAAAUAAAAAAAAAAAAUAAAAUAAAAAAAGAACUCAGGCUGAUGAAGUGAUGAAUAUGUAUUCUCUCUAGUCAUCAGUCAUUACUCUCUCAGUGAAAAUUCAUGAAGAGACAGUAGAAGUUUGUUAGCUGCGAAGAAAAAGCUGUCUGAAGAAAGUUGGGAAGAAGAUGAGUUUCAGAGCUGCUGCUGCUGCUGCUUCUCUAUUCUUCACUCAUGGUGGUAUUUCUCUCUCUCCUUUUCAUUUCUUCAACUUUUCCCCCUUUCAUUUUUAUUCCCGACUGUAUUCCCAUCAUUACCCUGAUCAUGCUCAUACAUUUGAUAAUCGUGACUUGUUUCUUCAAUCUAUUACCGAACAAUCAAAAUUAGGGUUUUCCGAUCUUAAAUCUCCCCUUUUACUCUUCAAUCAAAUGAUUAAUUUGUGUCCUCUUCCUUCUGUUGUGUAUUUCAAUCAGUUAUUUACUGCCAUUUCCAAAUUGAAACGGCUUGAACCUCAUUCCACCAUUAUCUCUCUCUUCCGGAAGAUUGAAUUACUUGGAAUUUCACAUAAUAUGCAUUCUUUAGGUGUUCUUUCUAAUUGCUACUGUCAUCUGGGAAGAGUUGAUUUGGGCUUCUCUCUCCUAGGUAAAAGCCUAAAGCUUGGUUAUCCCCCCGAUUGCUAUACCUUUAACAUCUUAAUCAAUGGCUAUAUUCAUUCUCAUAAAUUCUCCGAAGCUGCUCAUUUCUUUAAUACAAUUGUCAAGCUUGGUUUCCAACCUUCCGUUGUUAGCUAUAAUACUAUCGUCAUAGGCCUUUGUAGGAUUGGCGACAAUGCGUCUGCUCUCACUUUUCUUAACAAAAUGCAAUCUAGAUCUCAUUUUAAGCCUAACAUUGUUUUAUACAGCACUAUUAUCGAUAGUCUUUGUAAGGACAGGUUGUUACAACAGGCCCUAGACCUGUUCUCCUUCAUGAAAACUCAGGGCAUUAAACUCAAUGUUGUCACUUAUACUUCCUUGGUUCGAGGCCUCUAUAAUUCCAGCUGUGGGGAUGAGGCUCAGCGUGUGUUGACGGAGAUGUUAGAGAGCAACAUAGCACCUAAUGUUAAGACCUACAGCAUGCUGGUUGACAUGUUUUGUAAAGAUGGCUGUGUUGAUCAAGCACAGUCCAUUCUAAAGCACAUGAUUGAGAUAGGUGUGACUCCUGACAUCAUUACUUACAGUCCAUUACUUGAUGGUUAUUGCUUGCGUGGUCAGAUGGAAGAUGCAGAAAACCUACUUGAUAUCAUGGCCAAAAAUGGCUGUGAGCCUAAUCUUUUCAGUUUAAAUACUAUGAUUAAUGGAUAUUGCAAGGCAAAAAACAUUGACAAGGCCCUAAACAUAUUCCAUCAUAUGGUUCAGAGAGGGAUAACUCCUAAUGUUGUUUCCUAUAGCAUUCUUAUCGAUGGGCUGUGCAAAUCCAAUAGACUCCCAUUCGCGCGCAAGCUGUUCAAGGAAAUGCAGGCUCUUGGUAUUGCUCCAGAUGAUGUUACCUAUGCCUCCUUGCUUGACUGCCUUUGCAAAAGUGCCCGGCGUGAUGAGGUAGUGAAUUUACUUGAAGAUAUGGAGGAUAAUGGUGUUAAGCCUGGAAUUUCUAUCUACAAUAUCUUGAUGAACAGCUUGUGUGAGACUGGGCAACUUGAACAUGCAGCAAAUCUCUUCUCUGAUCUUGUAGCAAAGGGUCUGCAUCCUGAUAUUAUAACAUACAAUAUAUUAAUCAGAGGCUUCUGCAAGAAAGGGCUCAUGAUUGAAGCUGCUCCAGUGUUGAGGAUAAUGGAGGAAGAUGGUUGCCCACCUGAUGAUAUAACCUAUAAUACACUAAUCAGAGGCUAUAUACUCAAUAAUGACGUAUCAAAUGCAUUAUACCAUUACGAUCUCAUGGUUGGAAAAGGAUUUGAAGCUGAUGCAGGCACUUUGUCAUUGUUUGUUGGUCUCUCUUCUUCUGAUAACUUGAGUGACUCAAAGAAGAAGCUGCUACAGAAAUUUAUCAGAUGAAUUCCAUUUAAAAUGUUGCAAAGCUUUGGACCUUGUACAUGUUCUCUUCAGAGAAGUUUGAGAUGGAGUACGAAGCUCCUAGACAAUCUAUGAAUAACAGACCGUUGUUAGCUCCAAUUGACAUAAUUCUCGUGUGAAGUAGUAGUGAACUUUUAUUUAUCUUAUUCUUUUUUUUAGGGUGGAGUAGAGAGGCCUACCAUAUGGUGAGUUUGGUGACAACUAUACUUCUGGCUUACACUUAGGUAUAAGUUAUAAUUGGAUAGCUAAUGUUUUUAUUACUUGGGGUAUACAGAGAAGAGAAGAGGUUACUUCAGAUUAUGUAUAAACUUGUUGAAUCUAGCUAUGACAUAAAUUAUGCAAUGAUAUGUUAUUGCUGGCUUGCUGCAGCUUUACUA